AUACGCCAGCGAGUACUGGCAAAAACUGGAGCAUUCUGAACAAGAUUCUGAAAAUGGCUGCCGUGAAGCGUGAAUCGCUCUAUUAGAGGUGACAGAUUAAAACAAUUAAAAGAGAGACAAUUUAAGAGAUAAUUAAAACAAAAAGAAAAGAACACAAGAAAUGGGCGUCGACACGAAGAAAGUUGUGCUCGCUGUAGGUCUUGCAACUUUUACAGGAGUUGCACUCUACCUGCUGUAUAAAAAAAAUGACGAGGAUGACGAGCUGGAGAUGUACGCGGCCGACACGGCGACUUCGCGGCACACGCUGAUCGAAAUGGUCAUCCCGAGGAACGCCGUCGGCUUCGUCAUCGGACGCCAGGGCGCCAACGUCAAGGAGAUCCAGGAGAUCACCAACACGCGCAUCAACUUCAAGGACCCCGGCGGCCCGACCGACGACCGUGUCUGCGUGAUCCGCGGGAAGGCGGAGAACGCCCAGGAGGCGGAGCGGCUGAUCCAGAGAGCCAUCGCCGAGCAGCCCAAACUGCUGACCAUCAACAUCAGCGUGCCGCAGCGCGCCUGCGGGCGGAUCAUCGGACGGAACGGCGACUCGAUCCGCGAGAUGUGCGCCGUCUCCGGGGCCAAGAUCAUCGUGGACCGCGAAUUCCGCACGCCUGCCGACGGUAUGCGGCUGAUCACCAUCAAGGGCACCGAGGACCAGCUGAGCACGGCCAAACAGCUGAUACAGACCAAGGUGGAGGAGGAGGAGGCCAUGCAGCGGCGCAUCGAGCUGUCGGCCGCCAACCGGGCGCCGCGCACCAAACACAAGCCCGACGCCGGCAAAUCACAGGGCGCCGGCGACCAGCCAGUGCCGACCCGCGAGAGUCUGGUGGCCACCGGCGCCGACGGCUAUCUGGAGGUGUACGUCUCUGCCGUGGACACGCCCGGACACUUCUGGGUCCAGGUAAAGUCUCCGCGGGCCAUCGAGCUGGACAAACUGGUGGAGAGGAUGACGGAGUUCUAUUCGGAGGAGAGCAACCGCAACAUGUACAAACUGAAAAAGGUGGCGGUGGGUGACGUGGUGGCGGCGCCGUUCCCGUACGACAGCUCGUGGUACCGCGCCGAGGUGACCGAGCUGGCCGAGAACGACUCGGACCCCGACCAGACGGCGCUCACCGUCUACUACGUCGACUUUGGCGACACGGAUACGGUGCAGCGGCGCCAGGCGGCCGAGCUGCGCACUGACUUCCUUGGGCUCAGCCACCAGGCCGUCGAGUGCUUCCUCUCGGGAGUGAAACCCUCCGGGUGCUCGUGGACGGACGCGGCCGGCGACUGUUUCGAGGAGCUGACGUACGCCGCCCAGUGGAAGUCGGUUAUGGCCAAGGUGGUGCGCUACCAGCAGGCCGGCAGCAGGAAGGUGCCCGUCGUCGAACUGGUCGACACCAACUCCGAACUGGACGUGGACGUGGCCAAGGAGCUGGUGAAGCGCGGCCACGCCGUCUGGGCAAAGAGCGGCGCGACGGGCAGCCGCGAGGCCAGUCCGGCCUGCUGCAGCUGAGCACGCGCUCCGCCCGGGAGACGGCGGCUAGUACCUGAUAGUAGCGGCGACCGACCAGCGGCGGCCCCGGCGGCGGCGCGGUGCGGUCAGUGCGAGCGUCGGGUGUGGGGGGACUCCCGCGACGGCCCGUGUCGCUCGUGUGCAGGGUAGAGUGGGCCCGGGUGAUGCGCCAGGCGGUGUCGGCGAUGGGAACGCCCCGGUGCGGCGCCGUCCGGUCAGCAGGCUGUGUGAUGAGGGUCGGUGUGUCCCGUCUGAGAUUGGUAGCAGCUAGCGACGGGUGAACUGCUGCGGCCCGGCCCGGCUCGGGUGCCGGCAGUCGGCGUUGGGUGGGAGAUGACGCCCGUCAGUCGUUAGUUGGUGUCCGUUGAUGGAUGGCCGGUGAUCGGCCGUCAGACGGCGCCUGGCCCGGAUGGAUGACUGCUGCAGCAGAAGAGGGUACAGGGGCGGAUAGGAGACCGAAUCAGCUGCCCAGAUUCAGAGCUGUUUGACGUUCGGAGCUGUCCUAUGCGGCCAGUCAGACGGUACGGGCUGGCUGGUCCCGGCCAAUGAAGAGUUCGGGAGACACUGUAUGUAUUCGCCGCCGACCUCUGGGAAUGGAAGGUCUUCCGUGAGUGACGUGGGGACGGGGAGCGGACAGCUGCCGAUGGCGCCUGGGACGACUUCCACUGGUGCCUGGGGACAGCCCCGGUGAGGUCAGGGCUGGUCUGACCGCUGACAGCAGCGCCCUCCGUAAUGGACGCAGCAGGUGCCUGCGCCACAGGCCAGUGAUGCGAUGGGAAAUCGCAGUCGGUGUGUGGUUUUCUCCCGUGGUAGGAAAUGCAGCGAUUUUCACUCCGGGUCGGAUCAUCAUUGGAAGUCCCAUGGGCAAACCGAGCGCUAAAAAUAGCGUUCUUCCCGAGUACUGUUGUCAUAAUAUUGCUGAUAACCGAUGCUAGUUGUUGCUCGUGAUAUUUUUGUUACCCAGCCUUCAACAAAAGUGUGCGCGUGAUCGGAAUGUUGUUUCACAGUGCUAAGUCUCGUUCAGGUAGUGUUUUCAGAUGAUGCUUUCUGAGGUAGUUGUCAGUGCGGUGCUGACAGGGUGUUCGUGCAGCUCGUUGUAGCGCUGUUUUAUGAGAGGGAGAGGAGGGAUCCGGGAGGGGUGUCCGUUUUCCGGCGAACUGCGGACACUGUUAGCUCGGUCUCGGCCUCUGCCGGCCGGUGGCGAGUCGCGGCCCCGGCGAGCUUUAGGGAUGACGCGAUGUGCGCUGACGUGAUGACGCCGGAACUGGAGGAAGACGGACUGGCGGCGGAGCCCGCGCCGGGCGGACGGCGAGUGACCGCCUGACGGCCUUCCCGUCUGCGUGCUGCGGCCGACCGGCGGCGGCCGGCGGCGACCGCCGUGCCGGGAACUGACCACUCGAGACGAACGGCACGGCACGGCACGGCCGCCGGCGUCGGUUAUAGCGAAACGGUGCCAACAGAGCGUAAUGACUCGGUCCGAGGAGUCGACCGCGCCGCGCCCGGCCCGAAUGUCAUUCGUGCAAUGCUGCAGUGAGCCUGCCCGGUGCGUAUGCGGUCUUGGUCGUGGCGUGUUAAUUGUGUGAAUGGAGCUGUGAGAGGCUGAUAUUUUUUAAAUCGUGAUUCUGUGUGUAUGCUGCUCAGCCGGAACUUCUGGUCCUUUUGAAUAUGAUGUUCAAUGAUGAAAGUG